CUAUAAAAAUCGCCCUACGCCCGGACAUAAACAAACCUUGCCAGGUCACCCUCUCGCGGCUGAUUGAUUGCUCACCCAUCCUCGCCUCUCUCCUCCUCACCUCCCGCUGGGCGCCGCGCAGUCAACCUCGUUGGCUUCUUUCCGUGCUCGCUCAUUAGGUCUGAGAUAGCAGGGACAUGUCCCGGGAGCUACAGGACGUGGACCUCGCAGAGGUGAAGCCUCUGGUGGAAAAAGGGGAGACCAUCACUGGCCUCCUACAAGAGUUCGAUGUUCAGGAGCAGGACAUUGAAACCCUACACGGCUCCCUGCAUGUCACGCUGUGUGGGACCCCCAAGGGCAACCGUCCGGUCAUCCUCACAUACCACGACAUCGGCAUGAACCACAAGACCUGCUACAACCCGCUCUUCAACUCUGAGGACAUGCAGGAGAUCACACAUCAUUUUGCCGUCUGCCAUGUGGAUGCCCCUGGCCAACAGGAUGGUGCCCCAUCCUUCCCAGCGGGGUACAUUUACCCCUCCAUGGACCAGCUGGCUGAGAUGCUCCCUGGAGUCCUCCAGCAGUUUGGGCUCAAGAGUGUCAUUGGCAUGGGGACAGGAGCCGGCGCCUACAUCCUGACCCGCUUUGCACUCAACAAUCCUGAGAUGGUGGAAGGCCUCGUGCUUAUGAAUGUGAAUCCGUGUGCAGAAGGAUGGAUGGACUGGGCCGCCUCCAAGAUUUCCGGAUGGACCCAAGCCCUACCAGACAUGGUCGUGUCCCACCUCUUCGGCAAGGAGGAGAUGCACAACAACGUGGAGGUGGUUCACACGUACCGCCAGCACAUUCUCAACGAUAUGAACCCCAGCAACCUACACCUGUUCAUCAGCGCCUACAACAGCCGACGGGACCUGGAGAUCGAGAGGCCAAUGCCUGGAACCCACACCGUCACCCUGCAGUGCCCUGCUCUGCUGGUGGUUGGGGACAACUCUCCUGCAGUAGAUGCUGUGGUGGAAUGCAACUCCAAGUUGGACCCUACGAAGACCACCCUGCUGAAGAUGGCAGACUGUGGUGGCCUCCCUCAGAUCUCUCAGCCCGCCAAGCUUGCUGAGGCCUUCAAGUACUUUGUGCAGGGCAUGGGAUACAUGCCGUCUGCCAGCAUGACCCGCCUGAUGCGCUCCCGCACAGCCUCGGGCUCCAGCGUCACCUCCCUGGAGGGCCCCCGCAGCCGCUCUCACACCAGCGAGGGUCCCCGCAGCCGCUCCCACACCAGCGAGGGCCCCCGCAGCCGCUCCCACACCAGCGAGGAUGCGCGUCUCAACAUCACCCCCAACUCUGGUGCCACCGGGAACAGUACGGGGCCCAAGUCCAUGGAGGUGUCCUGCUAGGCAGUGUGUGCAUCAGUCAGUCAUCCCGGGCUGGUGAUCUCUCCCUCAGCCCCCAACCCCUGCCUGCCACCCUGCGCUAACGCGGUAUUAAUCUAAACCUGCUUUUUGUAAGAAUGAACGCUGGCGGUGGCAGAGCCAAGUUGUUCAGGCUGCCUCCUGGGACCAGAGCGGGUGGUGGCAAGAAGCAGAUCAGAGUUCCGUUCUGCUAACAAGUGGCCUGGUGGCCGUUCUCUCUACCCUCAGACGCCAGACUGCCACAACUAAGAAACAUACAGCUGUAACACUGCCUGGCUCCAAGCCUAGGUUGAUCCAAGCCGGCAUUUUGCCAGCCCCCCCCCCCUGCUUCCUGUUUCCUCUCCCACUAAACCCAUUCCUGGAAACAAACUUAUUUCUGAUUUGAAAGGGGGAGCGAGGCAGGGAAGUUGGGCGCCUUAUUUUAAGAAGGGAAAACAAGACAGGGAGUCAAAGAGGCAGGGUCCUAGGCCAGGUAGAAGAAAGCCAAGUCCACAGUUCACUUGAAGGGACUGGUUUGAAAAGUUCUGGAUGCUGAAACCCACAGCCUGUUUUUUCUUUUCUGACAACCUUUUAACAUGUGAGGGAGAGACUGCCAACCAACUCCAGGCUCUGUAAAGAAAGUCAUCCCACAAAUACUGGUUCCUGUCUCCCAUCCCAGAGUGUGAAUGAGAGGGUGAUACCUUUGUUCCUGGGGCAGAUGGUUUUGAUUUGUAGUUGCAUUCUUCGAGACAGAGAACUCAACAGGUGGCAAGUGGUCCUUGUCUGUGAGUCUCUAGGCAGGGGAAGGGGUGGCGAUGUCGUAGGCGAUGGGAUUGGAUGACUAGGAUCCCAUGGGUGUGAUUUCAGUAAGCACCAGCCCGUGACCUGGAAUCUCGUGGGAUUGAGUCAAACCCAUUUUUGACAUCUGGGGCUUGGCUCUAAGCUUGAUAGCUAAAUGUCGCAUUGCUGGUGGGGGAUGGGCUGAGGAGGUGGUUUCGGAAUCCGUACAUUCCAUGGGAACUCGCUUCCCUCCCCUCCUGCCCCCUCCUCCUGCCCCUCCUGCUGACUGCGUUGGCAGCAGUGCAAGCCUAAUGCCCACACCCUGUACUACUGCCCUGAGAUUCUCAGUGUGGCUAACCUUGGGAAUGUGAUCAGAUCAGACACGCUUGACUCUCGAGGCCUGGCGAGUUCCAGGCCCUUAGAGUUGCUAGAGAAAGGUCCCUCAUGCCCCAUAGGCGGCACGAGGGGCAAGGACUCGGUUCACCCACCAACUCCUACCAUGGAGGCUUCCGCCGACCUUGCGUGGAAAGAUCAGGGAUCCAGACCAGGGUGCCUGAAUGCGGACAAGAAAUCAGUGUACACGUCUUUCCAGGGCAGUUUCUUAACGAGAUGUUUGUAUUUAUUUCCAGACCAAUAAAUUUGUAACUUUGCA